AGCUACCGCAUGCGGACGGUUAAUUUCAAUUACAAGAAAAUAAAUCAGUAAAAAGCAUUUCUAGCAUUUCGAGUAAAAGAAGAGAUUAAAUGAGAAAUCACAAAAAUGUCGUUAAAACAAUCUAUUCAUAGUUCAUUCAUUAAUUGUUCUAUUCAUUGAUCUUAAAAUGUGUGUUUAUUUCAUAAAUAUAUUGAACUAUACGGCCCGUGCAAACACUUCGGACUAGUACUGAGGAGCUCAAACAAGAAUAUAUAAAAAUAUUGAAACAAGUCCAGUGCGAGAUGUCGGCAUAACAGAAAGUCAAACAACCAAUCAGCCAGUCAGCAAGCAAGAUAGUGUGAAACGUUCGAGUGACAGUGAGUUGGUGAGUCAGUUGCAGCAGAAGAGUCAGUUAACUAGAAAAUCAUCAAAUCAGCCUGCAAGGCAAAAAGUCCAACGUUGUACCUGUGUGUGAGACGAGCCCCGAUUUGUGGUUCUAAUUUGUCGUGUUAAAAAAUUUGUGGUGCACAGCCGAGCGUCGAUAAUUAAGCGAACAGUAAAGAGCAAAUAACAGCGAGCAGAGUCAAAAAAGAGUGCAGAGUGAAGCGGAAAAAAAACAGCAGAAAGAAAAAAGGCACAAAAGCUAACAAAUCGAACCAAAAAAACUUCAAAUAAACUGUAAAAAGUAACAAAAGCCGAAACCGAAACCAAAACCGAAGCAGAGCAAAAAACAAUCGUUUUUAUAUUCCUCAUCAACAAUUUCUGUUGUUCUUGUUGCUGUUUAUUGUUGUGAUUAAAUCAAUUCUUGUGCUGUAUAAAAAGAUGUCACCACUGUUGGAACGUACAUUGCUAUUAUUAGGCAUACUAUGCAGUUUACAAGCAACUACUGCGCUGAUGUGUUACGACUGCAAUAGCGCCUACGAUCCCAAUUGUGGUGAUCCAUUCGAACCAUAUACGCUCGGCAAGGUCAAUUGCACUCAGCAAGAACCGCUAGAACAUCUCAAGGACAAAUACACCAAACCAGUACUGUGCCGCAAGACCACACAAAAGGUCUAUGGCAAAGUGCGCGUUGUACGCGGCUGCGGCUACAUACCCGAUGAGCGUACCGAUGAUGGCGCUUGCUUGAAACGCUCCGGCACACAUGACGUGCAAGCCAUCUACUGUGCGUGCACAUCCGAACUCUGCAAUCAUGCCGCCUCCACAUUGUAUCAGAGCAACAACCAUCCCAUAAUAUCGGCACUACCCUACACAUUAGCUGCGUUCUUUGUUUGGUUCACUACAUUUUCGUGUCAUUUCAAUAUCAAUACUUUUGGCGCUGUGCAAAAUUCAUAAAUACGAGAUAUACAAAAACUUAGACACAUACAUACAUAUACUCGUAUAUAUAUAAAAUAAGAACAUACAUAUGUGUAUAUGUGUAUUACGGAAAUUAAGGCGAGAGAUUUAUUUUUCAAUUUGGAUUUGAAUUGUCAUCACAAAAACCAUACAGUGGAAUAGAAGAUAGUGCGGAAAAACAAACACAAACAACAAAAUACAAGUAAAGGUUGGAGAAAAAAAAAAAAAACAAA